GAGAAAACUAUCAUUAAUGGCUAAUUCCAAUCUUUCUUCUCCUUAUUUUUUUCCCUCUCCUGAAAAAGAAUUAUUGCCUCUUGAUCCCAUGUCCUGAAACAAGAAAAUAUGUCUUCUAAUCAUAAUCUCCUACACAGUUUCAUAAUCUCUUCAUUUCUAUUGUUAUUAACCUUACUAGUUCAAAUUUUAGCCUUCAAUGACCCGAACUUGCACCCUUUUACCUGCUCCGAACAUCUCAACAAAUGCAAUGCAUCGUUAUAUCAUAUCAACAAAGGUCUACUAAUCGAGCAAAUCGCUUCUUUUUACUCUGUAAACGUCACCCAAAUCGCUCCGAUCCAAAACGCAGACAAACAAGACUACCUAGUAACAGUUCCAUGUUCAUGUGCUACUGUCAAUGGAACCAAAGCUUACUUCUACGAUACAAUCUACACAGUCAAAGAAAACGAUACGUUUCUUAGCGUUUCGGAUCGGGUUUAUAGCGGUCAAGCUUGGGAAAUUGGAAAUGAAAAUAUUACAUUUGUUACAGGAAAUAAAGUGGCUGUGCAUCUUUUGUGCGGUUGUGUAGAAAGUGAGUCGCAAAUUGUGGUGACUUUUACUGUUCAGCUACACGAUACUAUAUCUAAUAUUGCUACCAGAUUAUCAUCUACUACAACUGGUAUAUUGAAUAUGAACAGUUUUCUGAAUAAUGAAGAUGUUAUAUUUCCUGAUUGGGUUCUGUUUGUGCCUAAGGAGAUCAAUGGUAUUCCACCUCCUAAGACAGCCCUCCACCGUCUAGUUGAUGAAGAUUGUUUAGCCUGAGCAUCUGAUAUGGUUACGUCGGAUAAAUUAAGACCUUUUCAUGUUUUAAUAAAAAUUAAUUAAGUCAUGCUUGAUUAAUUUAUAUGGUUAGGAUCAAAUUAGUAACUAUUUAUCCAGUGGCGGAUCCAGAAAUGUUGGACGGUGGGGUCCAUAUAUAUAAUAAAAAUUAAUAUAUUUUCAAUUAAAUAAUAUAAAAAUAACACCCUUUAUAAUUA